AUGCUUUCUUUGAAAUCUGUGCUACAUAUAUUCGUGUACGUGGUCGUGGUAUGUCCAUUACUGGAGAUUCGGUGUCAUGCACGUGGAAAAAUUGCAGAAGAACUUUACGAGGAGAAUGGUGAGCACACACACACCACGGAGCCGCCUUGUGCCGUGUGCCCUCGUGGAGGUGUCUGUGUCCCAAGGGUCCAGUGUCCAGCGCAUUUGAGGCCCGGCUCCAGCAAUCCGCUUUGCCAUCUACAAGGGACCGAUACCAUCGGAGUGUGCUGCUUCACAGGACACCACCAUGCAGCCGAAGCUGAUCGCAAGUUGCGCUCGUCCGCCAUUAGCGUUGAUGACGUGAAGGAAUCUCACCAGCUCUCUCGGAAAAAAGUUGCAGAAUGGUUCAGAGUGGCAGAGAAGUUAUAUGAAGAGUAUAACGCGAUUGUUAAUGUCUCAUCGCCUAGUUACGGCCAUCAUCUGUCGAUGGUGACGUAUGACGGUCGAGUAGAAGAGUUGGGACGCGGCGCCUUCCUCAAUCUUUUCGCAACACAAGAGUUGAAGUCUCGCCAGGCGAUAGACGAUCGUGAAUUGGCUCUGGGACUCACCGAUCAUACCGACGGAAUAUGGGCCAUGAGAACUUCAACUUCGCGGCUCCCGUUGCCAAGUGCCAGGGCCGUCAGCCAACGUGUGCUGGCAGAAGGCAGCCGCCCGAGUCGCACACUCAACAUGAUGUUCAUGCAGUUCGGACAGUUCAUCGCCCAUGACGUCAGCGCCGGGACCGUCUUUACAAUGGGUGACGGCAAACCGAUCUCAUGCUGCGUCGGCGAAGGUCGUGAAACGAUGCCAGAGGAUCGGCGGCACUGGGCAUGCGCCCCCAUCGAAAUUGAGCCCAAUGACCCGUUCUACAGCCACUUCCGCCAACGCUGCAUGAACUUUGUGAGGACGCAACUGACGGCGGCUGCUGAUUGCUCUGUGGGAUAUGCGAAGCAGAUGAAUGGCGCAACACAUUUCCCUGACUUAUCACAUCUUUACGGGAGUACAGCUGAUAAGCUUGACUCAUUGAAAGCACCGGGGGGACUGCUCAAAGUGUUUAAUGAUUACGGACGAGACCUGCCUCCAACUACCGACAGAAGCGAAUGCCUGAGUGUUAAAGGAGCUCCAUGUUUCGACUCAGGCGACAAUCAUGGAAACCAAGUUAUAUCACUCACAGCACUGCACACAAUAUGGACAAGGGAGCACAAUCGUGUAGCGAGGACUCUGUCCCGACUAAACCCUAACUGGAGCGAGGACACAGUAUUCCAGGAGACCAGAAGGAUAUUGCAGGCUGAGUUCCAGAAUGUAAUUUAUAAGGAGUGGCUGCCUUUGCUAUUAGGUCCUCGUAUCGUGCAGCUGUUCCAACUCUUACCAGCAACUGGAUACUCGAAAGACUACGACCCUCGGGUGAAUCCAUCGGUGACGGCCGAAUUCUCCUCCGCCGCAAUGCGCUUCGGUCACUCCGUUGUCGACGGGAAAGUCAUUAUCCCAAAUCCACGAGAUGGUGACAUUUACGAGGCGAUAUCGAUACCGGAAAUAAUGUUCCAGCCUUCUAGACUGCGCCUGAUGCAUUUUCUGGACAGGUUGAUUAUUGGCGUGUCAAUGCAACCGAUGCAGUCAGUCGAUCCGUUCGUUACAGAGGGGCUGUCGCGGUACAUGUUCCGCGGUGGAAACCCCUACGGUUUGGACCUGGCAGCCAUCAACCUGCAGCGAGGUCGUGAUCACGGUGUACGCUCUUACAACCACUACAGAAGACUCUGCGGCUUGGAACCAUUCAUCGACUUCAAGCAGUACAGCCCCAUUGCCGCUCAGCGUUUGUCUUCGGUGUACGGCACUCCGGAAGAUGUGGACCUUUGGAUCGGUGGACUGUUGGAGGCACCAGUCGAGGGCGGGGUGGUCGGGGAGACCUUUGCCCAGAUCCUCGCAGACCAGUUCGCGAAGCUAAGGAGGGGUGAUCGAUAUUUCUAUGAGCACGGGCCAGAUACAAACCCUGGCGCCUUCACUCCAAGUCAACUUGCAGAAAUAAAGAAGGUUUCAUUUGCAAGAAUACUCUGUGAUAAUAGAGACGGGACUGAAUUCAUUGUUCAGUCUCCAAAUGCCUUCUUAAGAUCGGAUUUGGCCGGAAACGAGCCCAUACCUUGCGACAGUCCCUUGAUACCGUCAAUGGAUUUGAGUAGAUUUGGGGAAGUC